ACUAGGAGAACCGUUAGACUUAGUGCUGCUACGCGACGUGAAAGUCGGAAGUUGAUACUUUCAUUGCGAAAAGACCCAACAUUUGAUCAUUGGGUUUGACUUUCUCAUCCGACCAUAAAUACCUGGCUGUCUCCGACUUAGCCAAGAACAAAGCAAGCACACCAACUCAGUCAAUCACAUUCUCCUUCAUCUUUUCAUAUCGAACUCAAGUCCGAUAAUCUUUAUAAGAUGCAUCAUCUCGGCCUCGUCUACGCCUUGCUCAUCUCUGCUACUGGUGCGAUUCCGGUGGAAGACUCGCCCUUCCCAGGAGCCAUCAAGUGGACUCCCAACCACCAAAUUCAGCCCAGCGAUGUUAUUGUUCCUGUGAAGGGCGUUUCCUACGUCGUCAAGGAGGAGGCAUACCUUGCCAAGCUCAAGGCCGAGGGCAUCAAGAUCGGUGCUCCCAAGCUGGACCCGUCUUGGGUCUCUUACAACAGCACCAAUCUUCCCAAGGUCAAGCACCCAAAGGUCUCAAAGGGCCAGCUCGGAAAGCGAGAUGACUGUGAUGGCACCUUCUACAUCACCACCGACAAGACCGAAACCUUUGUCGACUGGGACGUGCAGAUGUCACCUGUUGUCUGCGCCGUCGGCGACAUGGACAUCAGUGUGUCUUCAGGCUACAGCGUUUCCAACACCGUUGGAGGCAGUGCUGGGGUCGAUCUCACCUUCGUUAAGGACAAGCUGGCUGGGUCUCUUGGUAUCGACUACAGCCGUACGUGGACGACGCAGACCUCAGUCAUUACUAAAGCCACUAUCAAGGACGGUCAGUGCGGUGUCAUGAUCACCAAGCCACUCACAACUCGCCGCUCUGGUCGUCAAUUCCGUGGUUGCAUCGGAUCGGCCACUGAGAUCGGUACUUGGUAUGCAGACAGCCGUGGCGAGGGAAGCUACAACGGCAUCACAUGGAUUGAAGGUGCUAUCUCUGCUUGUGCUAAGCCUGGCAGCAACCCUCCCCUAUCUCGAUGCAACGGAGAAGGAAACUUCCGAUGAGCGGAGAGAAAGUUCAAGAGUGAGGGGCGAUGAGACAAGAUGUCCUAGUUGGGGAGAAUCACGUCUCCGGUUUCAGGGAGAAAUGCCGAGAAGGAAGGCAUUUAGAUCGCUUAGUGGCUGUGAUGGGGCUAUAUAGAAACUUUAAUCACAACCCUUCCGGGGAAACCACCUUGCUGGAGCAUAUCACAGAAC